CCGUUAUGUGUCAGUUUGUCGAGAUGGAGAGAAACAGAGAAGAAGAAGAAGAAGAAGAGUCCGAACAUCAGGAGGAAACUUUGGUGAAGUUCUCCCGCAGGAUGAGUGAAAUGCUCCUGACGCUGAAGUGGUGGAUGUGUAUCGCUUGUGUUUCAGGCGUCCUCCCUCCCUGUUGCUCGGGGGUCAACGUGUUUGUGAGGGAUGAGAAGAGGUAUGCCGUGCUGUUCCAGUCUGUGGUUCUGCCGUGUCAGUACACCAGUGUGUCCACGCAGAUCCCCGUGGUUCAGUGGGUCUACAAGUCGUACUGCCGCGACCGCACGCGGGAUUCCUUCAACUACCCCGACAGCAUGGGUGGAGGCCUGGGAGGAGGCGGGCUGACAGGUGGGACCGGAGGAGCCGGAGGAGGGUACGAGUCAGGGAUGACGGCAAACUACCUCGACUGCUCUGACAGCAGCCGGACGGUCCGAAUGGUGGCCUCCAUCUCUGGUGCCUCGAUCACACUGUCAGAGUACUACAAGACCAGAGACAUCUCCAUCAUCAACAAGGCAGACCUGCGGAUAGGAGAGGUCCAGUGGGGAGACAGUGGAGUUUACAUCUGCAAAGUGGUUAUAUCGGACGAUCUCGAGGGUCAGAACGAAGCCCCUGUGGAGCUGCUGGUUCUGGGUUUCUCAGGUGUGCCUGAAGAUCUGCUGCCCGACUUUGAUUUGAAGAUUAUGCCAGAGUGGGUGUUUGUGGCGUCGGUGGCGCUGGGCAGUGUGUUAUUCCUGCUGUUGUUUGGCGUUUGUUGGUGUCAGUGUUGUCCUCACUCCUGCUGCUGCUACGUCAGCUGCUGGUGCUGCCCCGACACAUGCUGCUGCCCCAGACACCUGUAUGAGGCAGGUAAGGGUAUAAAGACGGGAACGUCCACCCCUCAGUCACCUGUCUACCCUCCAUACUUCGUCUCUGGUGUCCCGACCAUGGUACCCAUCGCUCCUCCCUCCCUAGUGAGCCAGAUGUCUUCUGCCCCCCCUUCAGACGGCAGCCUACUCACAGCAAUGCCGAUGCAUGCUGUAGGGAUUCCCUACCGCGUGCCGUCACCUCAGGAUCAGGACUCUCUCAGGGUGCUACAGUAUGUAGAGAAACAGCUGGCUCACUUCAACCCCUCCAGAUCCGUCAGCCACCAGUCCUGCAGUCUGUCCGAGCUGAGCUCUCUCCACGAGGGAGAAACAGGCUUCCGCCAAACAUACAGAAACAUCCAGAAAAAGGCUCUGCCCGCCAUCCCUGACCACGACCCCCUGCCUGAACCCCAACGCUACCGUGACAACCGCAGCCCGGAGCCACAGCGUUACCGUGACAACCACACUUCACCCCAGCGGCAUCGUGAUAACCCCAAUCCAGAGCCCCGGCGGUGCCAGGAAGAGCCUAUUCCUCCGAGACGCUACAGCGACGAUCCUCCGUCCUCCUCACCAACGCGCAGGCCUGGACGCAGCCAACAUCAGCAGAACCACAGCGACGAGGAGAACCGCAACAGGUGGAACCCUCGUUCAGAGCAUCUGCACAGAAAGUCGUACCGCUCGGCAGGACGCACCGGCUCACUGGACGAGCUGGAGGAGUUUGCUUCUUGCUACAAGCAGAGAGGAAGGGGAGGAGCAGAGAAGACGGAAGAAGACCGAGGACACUAUGAGAUGGAGUUUCUGGAGUCUAAUCGAUAUCCUUCCUACCGUGAUUGUCCAGCACAACAUUACUACAAUGAUGAAAAUGAGCUGGAAGACAACCGGGAUCAUGAAGAUCAUCCCAGAUGGAGCAGGAAAAAUGGACACAACAUAAGUCCACUUCCUUCACCCACAAAGAGGAGGGGCACUUGGGACAGUGAUCGUCCUCCUCCUCCUCCUCCCAGAGUCAGUCCUCCAUCGACUUCCUCUCAAGAGAAGGACUAUGAUGGCACAUUCCUGAACAGCCUGCUGGAUCGCAAGGCUAAGUUGCGUGGGGUCGGCCAGGGGAAGAGUGGGGCCCGGGGUGAGGAAGAUUCAGACACACCCUCGAAGGGCAGCUCGAAAAAGAGCAGCGGGGAAUCCAGUCGGCACUGCAGCCGCUCGCCCAGUAACAGGCCUGAGGCAGAUUCACUGCCUCCUUACUCGGACACAGAGCGAAGCAGGUCUGACAGGCCAUCACCACGGCCUCCCCCCGCAAACACUCGCUCCCCUCAACCUCCUACCCUCUCCCUGCCCAGCCACAGAGAGGAACCCAGAGACAAGUCCCGGAAAGUGGUCAGGUUCAGAAGCUACCAGAGUGAAAACUAGAGCACCCUCCUCAGCCGAGACUCCCUCAUCGUCUGAUCGACUGACGGCCACAGAGACUGAAGUCUCGGAGCAGACGCAGCAAACGGCCAUGACACCGGAGGGGGAGCGGCACGUCCGCUGAUCAGAGAUGAUGGAUUUGCCUGGAGUGUGGAAAGCUGAAUCAGUGAAUGAAGCAACGAACAGAUACACUUUUAUUAUCGAGACUGUCACUGUGGCUUUCCUCGCGUGACGUCACCGAGUGAUGAGGUCACUGCGCUCUGUUUCUGUCACCAACUGCCUCUCAUAUAUCUCAGCUGGACUAACACUGAACCCGGGGGGGGGUGUACGACCUGGACCGUCCCUCCGAGCAGGACAAUGUCUGUCUUCCCUCAUCUCGCUGCAAGACGCUCUGACUUUUCUUUACGCUUCGAGCACAAUGAGUUCAUUCAUUUCAAUUUGAUGAGAUAUCUGCGUUUAAAAAGCUCAACUGUGGCAUCAACACCAUUAUUGUACAGUUGACUUCAGUUGUUUGACAACACCCGCUCUGCGUCAUUCAGUCAUGUAUUCAGACACAGACCCAACUGAUUCAGAGACUUAAAUGUCGACUAAAGCUGGAAGUAGCAGCCAACAUGAUCUUAUGUUAAUAUGAUGUGUAUCUACAGGGGGGGGGGGACGACCUCAUGGUGAAGUAGAGUAACCUAGAAAAAAAUAUUUUAAUACUGACAGUGAACCAAAUGUCUCGUGUUGCAUCCGAAAGGUGUUUCUGGUGUUGACAAAUUAUCCUCCGACUGUGCAGUUCACCCUCAGCUCUAUGUUGACUUUCAACUUAUUGUUGUUUUUAUUAUGGCCCAAAACAUUUUCUGUCUCUGCCCACAGUUUUCUUCAGUGUUGUUUCCCGCUGCAGUGGCACAGGGUUUUCAGCAACAAGCCCUAAUAAACUCACUGCACGUUACCAGCUCGACACCAAAGGGAAGACAACAGACACCGUUGGAGAGUAGCUGAAAUCAGAGGAGCAUUUAGAAACAAAGUCUUAUAUAUUUGUUUCACCUAAAAGUUGUUGGGAGACUAAAGGAGCGUUAACAAGGAACAUUCCUGACUGAAAUCUCGAGCCCGGACGAUUUAUUGCCGAUAUGAGCCUUUUCUCGGACAUAUCGUAUCGGCGAUAUGCGCUAAUAUGAAAACUUUUAUUUUACAGGAUAAACAAUGCAGAUAUUAUGUGCACUUAUGUUUACAUUUCACGAAGAAAUAUUUUCUUAAUUCACGUUUUAUAUAUUUGGUUGUAUUUGUGUUUUUUUUUUCAUUUAUAGUUAUUUAUAGUAAAGUUGUUUUUAAACAAAAAUAUCAAGCCUUAAUGUUAGUUGCUGUGUUUGCUGCGGUGGUUUGAAGUAGAAGCAGUAGCAGUACUCGUUUCUCUGUACGUCAAGGAUUUUCAUAUUGUAUUUAAACAUGUUAGAAUUUGCACAAAGUAACUUUGAGGGACGUAAACCUGAUUACAUUUUGUAUAUUAACAUUUAAGGUAUUGAACUGCAGCUUUCCUGGAAAACAUGUUUGUACUAAAGUCUGUGUGUGUACACUUUACCUAUUUGUGUGUGAGGUGUGAUACGACUGUUGUAAUGUGUAAAUGAUCGUGUUUGUCUAUGUGCUCCAGUGAGACUGUGUACAUAAGAUGAAGUGUCUUUGAUUUGAUAACUAUUGUUCAGCCUCUUCUUAUCUCUGCUGAGUCAACAGCUUAACCAACACUUUAUUGUGUUAUCAAACAUACACACACACACACAAUACAAUGACCCACUGAUUUCUGCACAUUUAUCAGUUGUAUUGCUCCUUCUGUUCACAAUAAUUUCAUUAUUCCUGCCUUCAUUUGAGAAAAGGCUAACGUCAGUGUUUAGUUUUCUCUACUGCUGUCUGGUACUGACAACUGUGUGUGUGUGUGUGUGAGAGAGGGAGAGAGAGAUAUGACUCUUUACUUCUGUAAAAGAGACAAUGUGUAAUGUAGUAUGACUCAUGUCUUUGUUCAUUGUUGUUACCACAGUCUGUCUGUCCUCGCUACACUCACACAUCAGCUCUGUCAGCUCAGCCACACAAAUCGGCUGUUUUGUCCUCCACAGUGAGUUUGUGGCAACGCUUGUAUCCGUUGAAGUGUGUGUUUUCUAAAAUGGCGAGACGCGCGGUGGCAAACGUAACAUCGAGACAUAUACGGUGUUUAUCUUCGUAUCUUCUCGGCAAAUAAACUCUGCAGAAAUAUGAAA